AUCAAUCACACCCUUUGUUUUGUUUUCUCAAGCUCUUUGCUUUAAGCCACAGUUCAUGUUCUUCAUUCUUCUCUUGAAUCAUUACAUUUAUGGCACUGCAUAUGCAUAGCUAGACUAUGACAACUCAUGAAUGAGGAGGUUCAUUUUUCUUAGAGGAAUAACCUGCAACUAUGCCUGAAUCUGCGACAGUUGUGCUGUGAUUUAUUUAAGAAUACUAUCUGUUUCUACAAGAACGAUCACUGCCUUUCUGAAACAACUAUGGAUGAGUUUGGAACUGGAAGAUCAAUGCCAUGGAACAUAUACCCAAGUUCAGAUUCGAGUCCGUCUCAACCUGUAGUCGAAAAGGAACCGCCGUUGAGAAACUUGGGGACAUCCAUGAAUGCCGUUUCUUUUGGCUUUGUUGCUACCGCCAUCUUGAUAUCAAUGUUUGUUAUCAUGGCCAUCUUUGAACACCCCUUUCAGCAAAAUCCUGCUUUUUCUUCACCGGAUGAAGAUGCAGCUCUAGGAUCUGGAGCAGUCGGAAAACUCGUGAAUCCGCAAAGAGUAUCGGCAUCAUAUGCGACUGAUUUGUUGGUGGUGAUGCCAGGAGAGCAGAACCCUACUUACAUUGCUCAACUUGCUCCCCUCCCUUGCCCAAGGGAAGGCAUCUACUGGCCUCCCCAUGAACAUAAUUUUGUAUAUCCGCGAUGUUCUUUAUUAUAUUUAUCAACAAUCAACCUUCUUGUAUCCUAAUACUAUUAUCCAAUGAAAUAUUUAUAAUCUUGAA